AGAUGAGCACCACUGCGACGCAUGUUUUCCACGUUGUGCCCAACGGCGACGGAUCUAGAUGCGUCCGUGCCGCUUCAUAUUAAUCAUUCCGCAAUAAUACGCGACGUGCGUAUCACGCAGCAAGUAACUUUUCUCUAAUUAUCGUGGGAAUUAGUGUACCAUGGAACGCUAACCUCCUUUCGUCGCUCCAUGCCGCCGCACUCGUGGUACCUCUGAAAUCGCCGGCAGAUGGGAAAAUCGAAGUUGAAGAAGAAGCUGCAGCAAGGAAAAGCGACAGUAAAAGAAACUGAGAAAUCGACAGAGCCAACAGUGCCGACAGUGCCAAUAGACAAUUUACCGGAAAAAUUUCUCUGGAUGCAUGUAAAGAGCGGUACAAAAAUCAGAAAUAUUCUUAGCUACGCGCUAAAAGAAUUUUCCAAUCACGACAGCAUCGUCUGGACUGGGAUUGGACAUGGCAUUGGAAAAGCCAUUUCUUGCGCGGAAAUCUUCAAGAGGAAACACGAAGACCUUCAUCAAGUGACAAAAUUACGUUACAUUAGCUCGGAAAAAUCGAAGCAGGACGUAGCUACUGAAACUCAUCAGAUACCGGAAAUUCAUAUUUUAUUGACUAAGAAUAUUAAGGACACAACUGAACUUGGGUACCAAGCACCUGGAGAUUGCGGAACAUUUCCGAAGAAAGAAGAUCAACAAGCAGAAUCAACAACGAACAUUGCAAAAGAAAAUACUGAUAAUGUACCUUGCAGCAACAGACCAACCCAGAAAAUGGAAAAAACCUACAAAAGGAAAAAAUUGGACAAGUCGAAAAAAAAUGAGGAACAACCUUCGAAGAAAAAGAAAGUUCAAGAAUCUUGAUUAAUAUAUAAUUAAUAUAAUUAAAUUAAACUUUGCUGUUCUGUUCGUAGGUAUAUCGACCUAAAAUGUAUUUCAUUUGUUUACUAAUACUUUAUUUUAAAAUCUUCAGUGAAGUUUGAUGACUGUUAAUAAGAUUUCUUUUUUAUUAAAAAUGUUUUAGAAAUUUUUUAUCGUUUAGAUAGAUACUUAUUCACGAAAAUUUUUUAUUAUUGAAUAAAAAAAGAAAAGAAUAAGCAAUUUUUAGAUUUCAAUAGCCUUUAGCUGGUAUUGUAUAGCCAAAACAUCCUUAAAAUAUUUUUAGUUUUACUUUAUAUUUUAGUUUUUAUAUUCUAGUUUCACAUAUUCUAACAUUUUUUCUUUCCUAUUUGUUUCCGAACACAUUUGCUUUUUCUGUUUUAAACAAAUUUUAGAAAACGUAACGUAAUUUUUAAUAAACAAUAAAAAUUACACAACUUUUAUUUUAAUAACAGUUGCAGAAGGAAAAUAACACAAAUCUUGUAGAAAGUUUAUUUCUUUAUCAUUACAUAGACAAUUUUCACGGGAACAGUCACACGUCAUAUAUGUAUAUGUAUAUAUAUUCCUGCUGCAUAAAGAAUCUCUCGUCACAUCUCGCAGUAUUCAAUACAUUAUAACUCGAGUUUUUGUA